CUUUAAUGUGACACAUUUAAUUGUUGUUCGGUUUAUUGGAACAAAUCAAUUUUAAACUUACAUGAGUACGUUUAAUUGAGGUACCAUAAUAAUUUCACCUUGACAAUCAUGAACACAAAACAAAUGCGUUUCAUUUGAAUUGGGACCGCCCUCUGCGCAUGUGCGAGUCAAGGCGCUCUGAGCCUCUGUUCGUCCCGGCUUUUGCAUCCCUCUCAUGCAACUUCUGGCGGCACUACAGCGGGAUACUGUACGCAAGGCACAGAUAACUCCUAGAAUCCACUCCUUGUUUCACCAGCUGUACCAAGGUACUUUAGGCAACCUCUCAGUGAUUGAUAAUGAAUGUGGAAGUGCAAAGAAUGCAGUGUAGAACUAGCUAGCAGGUAUUUGUUGCUGCAACAUUUCAGGCAGAUACAUGGGCAUUUAAGGGGCAAUUAUCGCUAUCCAUGUCCAUACACAGAUUGCCCUUGUACAUUUAAUAUAUGGAGUAAGCUUCUAAAUCACACAUACAAAAGUCAUGCUAGACAGCUAACUCCAAAGCCAUUAGAAGCAUAUACAUUCCAGUGUCAUGUGUGUUCAUGCAGAGAACUAGCAACAGAAAGAGAUUUUUUUCAACACCUAAAUGGACAUCUCAGGCAUAAUGAAACAGUUCCAUGUGUGUUUUUAGGCUGUAGAUUUAAAACCAACAUUUACAGUACAUUUAAUACACACAGAAACAGGAAACACAAACAGUAUUUGUUAAAAGACUUUCAAGCAAAUGUCAUCAGUACAAGCACUAAUUUUAAUCAAUUAGAUAAUUCUGCAGAUUGGCUAACAGAGCCCAGAGACACAGAGAGAACACUAAGUUGUGAUGAUGCUGCAGAGUUACACCUGCCAAAUUUUAUUGAAGAGAAAGUUGCAUGCAUUUUAUUGAAGUUGGAAAAUAUUGUUCAUGUUCCAAAGGUGGUUAUUGAUGAAGUCCUCUCUGAGCUUCACUAUAUAUUAUGCACACAAUCUUUGCCUUUGACAAAAGCUACAGUUUCUGAUGUAUUUCAAAGUCGUAAUCUACAAGUUGAAGAUUCAGUAGUUGAUGAGCUAUCCACUGUUAUAUGUAAAUCUAACCCAUUAGGCAUAGCUAUUGCAAAGGAUGGCCCUCUUGCUACUGCUUAUAAACGUACACAAUACUAUACCUCUCAUUUUAGUGUUGUUGAGCCAGUUGAGUACAUACUUGAUGCCCUGAGGAAGAGAACAUUUCAGUACAUCCCUCUAUUACAGUCUUUGCAGCAGUUGCUCUCUCAUAAAGGUGUUCUUGAUCAUCUUGAAACUCAGAGAAUACAAAACCAGCCAUUGUCUUGCUUCCAAGAGUACCGAACUGUAAGAGACGGGAACAUUAUGGUGGAUUUGAACUGUCUGCCUCACCCACUCGAGAGGUUGCCCUAAUUGAACUUGGUGAAUUGGAGGACUCAUAUCCCCUUGCAGAAUACACUGUAGGGGGCUUGCGCAUGGUAAUGCUGAAAAGGUUUGUCGUUGUUAAAGGUUAGUGACACUGUUGAAUCUAAAUAGCAGAGCCUGACUGAUACAUUGGUUUGCUGAUAUUAGCCUGAUCACAGACAUAUUGGUAUCAGUGUUGUCCAAUAUGUGCUGAUGUAAUUUUUGGAAAAGAACAUAAUGCAGAAAAAGAUGCAUUUCAGACAGUAAAGUUCAUUUUUAGGUAAUAAAAUAUUCUGUUUUCAUUUCAUAUCUUUGUCAUGUUUCAAGUGUUUGAUGACCAUAUUUGAAGAAUCAUUGCAAAAACUGUUUGUGGCUUUGGCCUUGCAAAUUGAGUAUCAGUCAGGCUUCACCAAAUAGUUGGGGCUUUGGAUGUCUGACUUUUGCAAAAUCUCAAACAGUUUUUAUUUCCUAUUAUAUAAUGCAUGUGUUUAUUUCUUGUUCUACUUCUCUCUGGUUUCAGAUCAGGAUUAAAGUUGUUCCAAUGGGAGAUCCAGCCGUUCUGCGGGUCAUCUUUGGAGAUGAAUCUGACUCACGAAAACUGCACCUGGUUUCCGGAAUUCCAGAAACAGUGGACGAACUACAUAAGAUGAUAAAGACAUGCUUUCAAUUGAAUGAGGACUUCCGGUUGCAGUACAUGGAUGCUGACUUUAGUGAGUUCAUGAACCUAACUUCAGUGUCUGAAAUCCAAAAUAAGAGCACACUCAAAGUAAUCUACACGCCUCUUGUCUCACCUGUGGAUCCCUACAUCACUUUGUACCCAGUAGACCAGUCUGAUGAGGUUUCAGUUACUUCUAGCCCAGAGGGUCUACCCUCUUCUUCGUCAGUAGCGUCAUCAAGCAGCAAUGAUACACUGUACACAUCAACCCCCCAUUCAUCCCCAGAAUGUCAGCUCUCGGGAUUGUCCGCCUGGCCCACAGUCUUUGUGGUCCCCAAAUUCAUCUACGAGGCUGAAUUUGAGCUACAGCAAAAGAAUUAUGAGUUUGAGACAAAUGGAACAUACUUCAACCCUGGCCCAAAGCUGAAAGGGGCCAUCCUUGAUGGUCUGGCUCAAGAAAUGAUGAAAUACACCAAAUAUCCAAAAGACUAUCAGUGUGAAGAGGUAGCAGCAGCUUUGACAAGGGCCCAUCCUUGUUUGGGGCAGCUAGGAUCCAAGACAGGAUUUUGGGGAUGGAAACAGUCAUUAAAAUAUAAAAUGCAAAAUUAUCGUACAAAGCUCGGGAGACUUGGACAUCCUGAAAUCCGUGUGAAUUCAUUGAAACACAAACGAGAAGGCCAAGGCAAAGCUGCAGCCAAUAUCAAGAAGCCAAGAAAAGCUGAAGUUAACUACAUUCCUCUGCACCCAAAAGGUGAAACUGCAGAGAGCUUGGAGAAUGAGAGAAUUGCUUUAUUGUCAGAACUGAAAAAGCGUGACAACGAAGCUGUGAUAAAAGCAAAAAUGGAAAAAACCUUCUCCCACAGACGCCUUGAGGUUGUGGAGCAGAGGCCUAUGAUAGGAGACUUCAAAAACAGAUGGCCUGCCUUGUUUGAGCAGAGUGAAGUAAAUGCAGAGUUCUUGCGGAUCACCACCAAGCCUUUGCAAUCAAAGUUCCUGUCACAGCUGGACCACUUUUCUGACAAGCUGAUACAGAUCUUCAAGAGCAAAGGAGGAGUGAAGGGGCAAAAGAUCAAGCAUAUUCUUGCAAUAAAAGACUCGUGCGAUGACAUCAACAUAAAGAGGGAGUGCAUCCUGCGAAGCCUUAUUGUCUAUGUCAACGAAGACCCAGAUGUGUUUUUCAAGGAAUAUUUGCCCUCUGCAGUUGAGGAUGCGGAGAUGGACAUCGCCACCACAGUCAUUGGGAUUUACACAAUUCGAAGAGAUGGACAUGAAGAGCCAGAGGAUGUGGGUGUUGUCAUUGAGGGCAUUAAAGUCCUCAACAAUGUAGGCAGUGUCAUCAUGGGGUUCAUCAUGCUGUUUGGGCUCAUUUAUGCCCUUGAUCUAGCCUUUCCAGAAAACCUCAAGUACACCUUCGAGUUUUUCCAGAAGAUCAUUAUGAACUUGGAUGGGCACAAGCUGAACGCAAAGAUACAGCAGCUGAAAAUCAAGCUCUUUUUAUAAGAAGCAAGCAAUAUGUGUCCACACAGUCACCAUGGGUGUUUUUUGUUGUUUUAAAAUCCUGUUAACCACUUGUGUAGAGCAUCUUGAAGAUUUGUUUGUUACUAUGGAUAGGCUGUGACCGGACUGAAUUAGCAUUUUGUUUCAGGCUCUGUUUUGUGCUGAUGCUAUAUGCAUGUUGUUCAUGUAUAUGUAUAUUUCUUAAUUAUCUGUUUGUAGGCAUCACAUAUUGCAGUUUAUGGUGACACUACAGUUGUCAUGUUUGGUCCAAGCUGGUUAUAACUUGGCUUAGCUUUUGACUCCACUAGAUUUCUAUGACAUUUCCAAGUACUAGUUACUUAGGUUGAAGCAGUUUUUAAGUCAACAGGUUAAUUUCUUUUCUUUUUUAAACUAUGAUAGGCUAUACACAUUGUUCAUCAACAGAGAAAAACAUUGCACUAAUCGAACGUACCUAGACUGCUUCCUGCAUUUUUGAACAGUUUGGUUUGACCUUGGUGGAAAAGUUUGCAUUUUUGUCUCAGGUGCUGUUUCGUAAUGCCACCAUUUGUGUGUUGUUUGUAUUAUAUGUAUAUUUCAUAUCUGAUCGAAGGAAUUACGUAUAGCAGUUAAUGGUAAAAGUUCAUAACUUACUUUAACUUUGUUGCUUGUUAUCUAGGCUGUUAAAGGCAGUGUAUUGACACAAGUCAUAAAGUUGUUGAGUUCAUGGAUCACUUUCAAAGAUCCAUUGACGGGUUGCAUGUUGAUGUUAUAUAUGUAUAUACAUAUUCAUUUAAAAUAAAAACACAUCAACCAGG